AUGCCGCCCCCGGCCCCGGCGCCCCGCGGCCGCUCGUUCACCAUCGCGGCGCUGCUCGGGCCCGCCUCGCCCCCCCCGCCGGCCCCGCCGCCGCCCCGGCGCUGCCCCCCGGUACCGGGGCCGCCGCUGCCGCCGCUCCGCGCCCCCGCCUGCGGGCUGCCCCCCGCCUGGGCUGCCCGCCUCGGGGCUACAGGCUUCCUGAUCUCCGAGUGCUGCUUCCCCCUGCUCAAAGCCGAGCCUGGCAAAGCCAAGCGAGCCCGGACCACCUUCAGCAGCCAGCAGCUGGCGCGGCUGGAGCAGGAGUUCUCGCGGCAGCAGUACCUGGUGGGGCAGGAGCGCUGCCUGCUGGCCUCGUCCCUGCAGCUCACCGAGGAGCAGGUGAAAGUCUGGUUCCAGAACCGGAGGAUCAAGUGGAGGAAACAAAGCCUGGAACAGCAACAAGCCAACCUGGCCAGAAUGGCUUUGGGCACCCCAAAGAGGAGCCCAGACUCACAGAGGCACCACGAGGAGGACAAGGACUGCCCGGCAGAGUCAGGGGACAGCCAGGAGGACAUGUCCUUGUCCCCUGGCCCAGGAACAGCCCCUGCACAGACUGUGACAAAGAACUGCUGA